AUGGUGCGGUCUGUGAGUAUAGCUCGAGAUUCAAUUUCACGAUUUCGCGCGACAAGUGCCCCAGACGAUCGCAACGUUUCCGAAGGAAAAAAAUACCUCGCACUCUCCCUUGGACCGUUUGGUGCGACUCUGAAGCCGACACAAGAGUUUCAUGGAUGUUACCACCCUCCGUACGGACCAAGGAAGUAUGUUCAGGACGGCGACAACCUCAACUCUUUUGGACAUAAUCGUGAACUCGAGCAAGACGCAACGGAUGCCUUGACACAAUUCCAUCUCAACCGCCUCACUGUCUUCUCCAAGGACACAAAAACAUGGGAUGCUAUAGAUUGCAUCGCCUUCGAGACCAUACCGCUCAGAAGGGAAGUGAGAGCAAUACGAAAGGCUAUGGUCUGUCUUGAAGAGACUGUUUUAGGUCCGGAGGGGAAGAGGGGAAAGCCGUGGUGGAUUAGCUGUGUUUUUCCCCAAGGCGAAUCUCCUGAAGAAGCCUUCCCUGGCGGUCCCAAGGUGCAAAUUGAUGGACUUCUUGAGGCAUGCUUUUCGCGCGACGACACUUGUGCAUGGCCUAUUCCUUCAGCUUUCGGAAUCAACUGCACAGCCCUUAGAUACAUGCCAUCCCUCGUCGCCGAAGUUCGACGGUACCUCAAAGAUUUCAAGCUCAAGUCCGAAAAUCUCCCUUGGCUCGUCUUGUAUCCAAAUGGAAACCAUGUAUUCGACGAAGCUAAGCAGGAGUGGAUAAAGGACGGUGGGAAGGAGUCGUGGGCUGAAGCAUUUAGCGAAACGGUUUCUCGUAUUCUAUUACAAGAGGUAGAGGGGCAGGCGUUGGGUGGAGUCAUUGUUGGUGGCUGCUGUAAAACAAAGCCGAGCGAUAUCGCUGCUCUGCGACAAUUGGCGUUUGAGGUCUGA